AUGUCCUCUUACGUUUGCGAUACUCUACCUGCUGCACGGCUUGCUUCAGCUAAUUCAGAACCUGACUGUCCUCGCUCGCCGUCUCCACCAGUUGCGUUCCGGGUAUCCAACGCUCAGGACGAGUCUAAAAUGAUUGCAGCUUCGCAGCAAGAUGUCAGUGAAAAAUCUCUAGCUGCCCCACCUCAGCCUCCACCAAGGAAGCUUUGUAUUCGCCAUCAACGCAUGGCUGACGAAGGAACUAAUCUGAAGCUUCAGCAAUCAUUAGAUGCCCUAUCCGUCCAAGAGAGAGAAGCCGUUAACUCCAUAUGGUCAAACUUCUCCUCGUCGUCUCAUCCUCGCAGGGAGCUCAUACUCCAAGGUCUUCUCACAAUGUGCUGCUUUUCUCAACUAUCUCUCCUCACCGAACAACUUACCCAGCUUAUCCGCAUCGACCCUUUUGUCGUUCUGCCUCGCGAGGUUUCCCUCAAAGUGUUGAGAAACCUUGACGCUACAUCCUUGUGUCGUGCCGCACAGGUCAACACACAUUGGAGAAGUUUGGCAGAUGAUGAUAUAUUGUGGCGUGGUAUAUGCGAACAACAUAUUGGACAAAAAUGUACCAAGUGCGGCUGGGGCCUGCCCAUCUUGGAGAGACGGCGGGCUGUUCGUAUUCAUUCAUCUCCAUCAUGCAUCCCUCGCCCUAUCUCUCCUUCAUCUAAUAAGAGGCAGAUGAGCGAUAGUCCAUGUUCCAUCGACCGCGUCCCCAAGCGCAAGAGAUAUGAUCACGACUCACGCUUGCAUAUUUCUCUUCCUCAUACUAGCGAUCUUCAACUACGCUCGUCGGUAUCAGCAUCAUUUCCGGAAUCAUUAGCUAUCCCUAUGGCACAUACGGCGUCAAAUUCCCUACUCCUGCCCGAUCCUUCACACCAUGUGGAAACAAUCACUCGACCCUGGAAGGAUGUCUAUAGUGAGCGGCUCACUAUUGAACGCAACUGGCGUCGUGGACGAUGCACUGUGCGAACUCUGAACGGCCACACAGAUGGCGUCAUGUGCCUUCAAUUCAACGAGACCCUCUCUCACCCAUCUUUUCCCGUCCUUAUCACGGGCUCAUAUGAUCGAACCAUUCGCGUGUGGAACAUGGAAAGUGGGGUUGAGAUACGCUGUCUACGAGGUCACACUCGUGCAGUGAGGGCUCUACAGUUUGACGAGGCCAAACUCAUCACCGGUAGUAUGGACCACACUAUUCGUGUUUGGAAUUGGCGUAGAGGAGAGUGUAUCCGCACUUUGGAAGGGCACUCGGAAGGUGUUGUGUCCUUGCACUUCGACUCGAAUGUACUUGCAAGCGGUAGCGUCGAUGCUACCAUUAAAGUUUGGAACUUCAGGACAGGGGAAGCCUUCACUUUGCGCGGACAUCGUGAUUGGGUAAACUCAGUUCGGUUGUGGGACUCUGGGAGCACACAGCAUGACCCAUUGUCCUCUCCCAUGGAGCUAACAAACGCAAGCCAAGCCCCUCAUAUCGACCCAGGAAAGAUGCUGUUCUCAGCCUCGGAUGACGGCACUAUCAGACUUUGGGACCUUUCAUUAAGGACAUGUGUACGGCAGUUCACUGGUCACGUCGGUCAGGUCCAAAGUAUGAGACUUCUGUUCGCGGACGAGGGCUGUGAUGGGGACGCGCGUAACUCACAAGAUCCCAACUCAAUGUUAACGCAUCCACGUGGUGAAACCAAAGACAUCACCUAUUCUCCCUCUCAAUUUAAUACAUCUGAUGUGCCGUCGCAGUGUGAGGAACCUUUAUACUAUGGAAAUGACGAGCUGCAAGAUAUCGUUAACUCUACCGAGGGUCUUUUACUCGGGAAACGUUCAGUGCCUGUGCUAAUAUCUGGAAGCUUGGACAAUACCAUCAAACUGUGGGAUAUAGAAACUGGGAAGGCUACAAGGACACUCUUCGGACAUAUAGAAGGUGUGUGGGCGAUAGCGGGAGACAACUUGCGAUUGGUGAGCGGAAGCCAUGAUCGUACAAUCAAGGUGUGGAACCGUGAAGAAGGCCGAUGUACUGCCACCUUAGUAGGCCAUCGCGGUGCAGUCACUUGCCUUGGUCUUGGUGAGGAUAAAAUAGUGUCAGGAAGUGAUGACGGAGAUAUUAGAAUAUGGAGUUUCAGUGGUUGA